AGACCAUUCGACAUUACGAGAACACACCCCAUCCGUACCAACCGAUUGAAUCCAGACACUGAGACGUACACAGAGAGAGAAAAAGAAAAAGAAAGAAAGAGAGAGAAAAGAGUUAGAAAGUGAUAGACAAAUUUUACGCUUUCAUAAACACAAACACAAAAAGAGAAAAACACCACCUUCCCAGUCUGUUUUUUAACCUUCUCUUUCCUUUCCUUUCCUUUCUUCGCGCUACCAAAACGCCGGUAUCGAGGCAAUUUUUGUUUUGUUUCUUUUUUUAUUUAUUUAUUUAUUUAUAUUUUUUGAUUAUUAAAAAAUUUUUGUUCUUUUAUAUUUUGGUUGUAUUCUUUGCCUCCCCAAGUGGGAAACUCCUGUGGGUGUGAGAAACAUAGAGAGAGAGAUAGCAUCGAGGUUUGCUUUGAAGGUGGAAAUCCCUAUGUGAUUGAGUGGAUUUCUGGGGUUUGACUAUAAUUUCAAGACGACCCAGGAUUUCAUGGGGUGAAAGCAAAAUAAUAAGAGAUAAAAAAGAUGAUUAAUUGCAGUGAUGAACAAGAAGAUCAAUUUUACGAUACCCGUGAGGACCUCUCUUCUGUAUCAGAUUGGGGUUCGGAUUGUUCUGAGGACUCUAGUUUUGGUGUUUUGGGUAGACUAGGAUAUGAAAUUUGGGCUAAGAACCUGGAUGGUGUUCAGGAGCGCCGUCACAAGUUCCUCAAAUGGAUGGGUAUAGAUUUGGAUCGAGAUUUCAAUAUGAGGGAGGAAAUGGAAGAUGAAUGUUAUGAUAAAACUGACUUGGGUAUUGAUAGAAUUGCAGAAAAUGGUGGGGCGGUUCUGAGAAAUUCAGGUUUGGAGGAGGAUGUUUCCUCAAGUCGGUCUAUCAUGUCUUCCCUGUCAAAUGAAGCUCCAGAGUCAUCAGGAAAUGUUGCUUUGGAGGAGAAUUUGUUUGAUGGUGGAAGACGGUUUUCUACGUACGAACGGAGUCUGGAUGGACUGUUUGAGCCACAGAAAGUUCGUUCCAAUCAAUCAGUUAGCACUGAGAAUUCUAAGAGAAACUGUGUUGGAUCUCCUUCUGUUCAGAGAGUGUUGCAGAGAGAAGUUCAUGACGCCAGAUAUAAGGUUGAGUUAAAAAAGAAAGUGAAAAGGGGCUGGCUAAGGAAAUUAGGUAUUGGAAUGUGUGUUGUUGAUGCAAAUGGGAAUGCUGUUUCAGACCCUGGUGAUCCUGAAUCAACCUUGGGAAUGGGAAUGCAAAGAGUUCGGAGUCAUCCUUGUAAAAAGCGAACAAAGGAACUCUCUUCCCUUUAUGCGGGACAAGAGUUUCAAGCACAUGACGGCUCAAUUUUGACUAUGAAGUUCAGUCUUGAUGGACAGUACUUAGCAAGUGCUGGGGAAGAUGGCAUUGUGCGUGUCUGGAAAGUUAACGAAGCUGAGAGAUUGGACAAAUUUGACACUACGAAUGAUCCUUCAUGUGUGUAUUUUACAAUGGAUCACCUCUCCAGGCUAGAGUUGCUGGAUGUGGAAAAAGAGAAACAUGGUAAUACGAAGAGAAUGAAAAGAUCAUCGGAUUCAACUUGUGUUGUUUUUCCUCCAACAACGUUCCAUAUAUUGGAGAAGCCUCUACAUGAGUUCCGGGGACACAGGGGUGAAGUCUUGGAUCUAUCAUGGUCGAACAAAGGGUUUUUGCUCUCAUCAUCUGUUGAUAAGACAGUUCGCCUCUGGCAAGUUGGAUACGACAGAUGCUUAAGGGUUUUCUCUCAUAACAACUAUGUUACUUGUGUUGAUUUCAAUCCUCUGGAUGAUAAUUAUUUCAUCAGUGGUUCAAUUGAUGGGAAGGUUCGCAUCUGGGAAGUUAUUCGCUGUAAAGUCGUUGACUAUAUUGAUAUUCGAGAGAUAGUCACUGCCGUGUCUUAUCAUCCUGAUGGACAGGGAGGAAUUGUAGGCUCCAUGACUGGCAACUGUCGUUUUUACAAUAUUUUAGAUAAUCAUCUGCAACUGGAUGCUCAAAUUUGCUUACAGGGAAAAAAGAAGUCGCCAGGCAAGAGGAUAACUGGCUUUCAGUUCUCUCCAAGUGACCCAAGCAAAGUCAUGGUCAGUUCUGCUGAUUCGAUCAUCCGUAUAAUUUGUGGGGUGGAUGUCAUCUGCAAAUUUAAGGGUCUUCGAAAUGCAGCAAGCCAGAUGUCUGCGUCUUUCACCUCUGAUGGGAAACAUGUUAUCUCCGCGAGUGAGGAUUCAAAUGUAUACGUCUGGAACUACUCUGGUCAAGACAAGGCAUCUCCUCGGACAAAGAAAAUAUGGUCUUGUGAGAGCUUUCCAUCCCACAAUGCAUCAAUUGCAGUACCUUGGUGUGGUUUGAAAAUCGUGCCAGAUACCAUUCAAUCCCCUACGCUUAUUAGCCCCAGGCAGGGAAGUAGAUUUGACAAUGCUUCACCCGAUUGUUUCUCUCUAAGCCGGGGGUUUUUGUUAGACUCCUUGUCAAGGGGAGCUGCAACUUGGCCAGAAGAAAAACUCUUCAACUCGAGUCCAAAAGCCCUUUCACCGACAAUGUGCAAGUCUGAGUAUAGGCUUCUGAAGAAUGCUUACCAGAGUAUGUCUGGUUCACCUCACAUGUGGGGUCUUGCUAUUGUAACUGCCGGCUGGGAUGGACGGAUUAGGACAUACCAAAACUUUGGAUUGCCAGUUCGUGAUUGAAAUCUUUAGGUUCAGCAAAAUUCUGAGGACCUGCAGGAUCAACAAAACACAUGGCUGGGGAGAGCAGCUAUCUUAGGACCUAAUUAUGCUCUUGCCCAUAUGCAGUAUAUAUGGUAGUUUGUGAUAAAAGUGGUUCAUUUUGUGCGUACCCUUGGAGUUGGAAGUGUAUCAUAGUCAAGUCAGGCCAUGCCAGGGAGCCAACCGGAGUCAAGAGUCACCGAGUCGCUGGGCAUUGCUUUUUGUUCUGUUUUUUCCCCCAAUAUACAGGUAAAGAUUAUAUGAUUCUUUGAUUUGUCAAAAGUCUACCUAAAAUUAGAUAAAGAAAUUCUAUCACCUCAAGCUCCCUUCAAUCUGUAACUUUAGCAUACAAGUUUUGUGUAUAAUAUAGGUGGUGUCUGUGGGGACUUUUCCCUCAGUCUUAUAUCUAGUAUCUAGAAAAUAUACGUUUUUGCUACCGAAAAUUUUUCAUUUAUGAAAGUAAAUUUUUUGGUC